GUUAGAUUAUUAUCAGGUCCAUAUCACUCACUGUUCAAUAUUACUGAAUUGGGGAGGAAAGCAAACCCUAGAUUUGGUAAAACUCAGAGAUGGCAGUGACGGUACCGGAGCUGCUUCCGAAUGAUUUGGUAGAGGAGAUACUCUGUCGCGUUCCAGCAACGUCUCUGAAACGCUUACUUUCUACUUGCAAAGCAUGGAACCGUUUAAUCAAAGAUGAUCGGAGAUUCGCAAUUGGCAUCAAUCUCCAUGGAAAUAGUAGUCCACCUGUAGAGUUGAAAACUGAGCUGAUCGAUCCUGAUUCUAAGAAAUCAUCAGCAGCUCGAUUCGAUAUAACUCGAGUCUCUCACUGCGACGGCUUUUUGUUAUGCUCCUCUCAAUUCGACGAAUCCAGAGUGUUGGUUUGGAACCCUUUGAUCGGUGACACCAGGUGGAUCAGAACCGGUGAAUUUCGCAAUGAAGGCCGCCGCAGCUUUGACCUCGGGUACUGCUACUACCGAGAUGGCAACAAAUCCUGGAAUAAUAAUAAGAGAUACAAAGUCUUGAGCUUUUAUAGUGGUACCAAGUAUUUUGAUAUCUACGAUUUUAAGUCUGACUCGUGGAAGAGCCUUGAUGAUGAUGAUGAUGAUGAUAACAUGAUGGCUCCAGGCGGGAGCACUGCAUACUCUGAACUAAGCGUGUCUUUGAAGGGGAAUACUUACUGGUUCGUCAGAGAUGUAUCAAAAACGACUAGGAUCAUAUCUUUACUCAAGUUUGAUUUUACAAAGGAGAGAUCUGUGUCUGUGCCUCUUCCUUAUCAGAGUCGUCGCUUUGAAGCUACUAGUCUUUCCGUUGUUAGAGAAGAGAAACUCUCUGUGUUGUUGCAGCGAGAUAGACGUUCCAAGACUGAGAUAUGGGUGACAAAUGUGAUUGAUGAGGAGACCACCUCAGUGGUGUCUUGGAGCAAGGUCUUAGCAUUGGAAUUGAGCCCUGAUCUUCAGAUUUGGCAUGAUGUAACUUUCUUGUUAGGGGAGGAGAAGAAAGUCGUCAUUUGUUGUGAGACCGCAGUUGACGUGGACAUGUCCAGAGACAUGAUCUACAUUGUUGGGGAGGAUAAUGUGGUCACUCAUGUGAAACUGGGAGUAAAUGAAAUUGAUGGAUGUCGCCCAGCUCUUCUUAAUUAUGUUCCAAGUUUGGUUCAAAUCGAGCAAGCUGGAGGGAAGCAGGAUAAGAGGUAACUAAAACACCGUCUACAUGUAGUCUCUUUCCUUUGAGUGUGUGUUUUUUGCUUUUGCUCUUAAUUUGUCUUGGUCAUGUUCUUUCAGUUUCAAGCUUUUCUAAUUCAAUGAGAUAAGGUGAUACAGAAAAAACAUGUACUAUAAGCUUUCUUUCACCUUGUCUCUCCUUUGAGUUUUUAAUUUCACCCAAUUCACCUUCCAAGUUCUAUUAAUUAAGCCAAUCAUGGUAUUUUGCAAAUAUAUUACCAAUUGGUGUUUUCUAA